CCCUCAUGACGGCAAAGUACUGACUGUCGGUAAGAAAUACCGGUGUAACAUCAUGGCAGAGAAAGAGAUCGCUGUUGCUGAGCCCCAAAAGAAGCAAACGAGAAGUACCUCUGGUGUAAAGAACUUCCUUGCUGGAGGAUUUGGAGGAAUAUGUUGCGUAGUGUCUGGCCAUCCACUAGACACGAUCAAGGUUUGCCUUCAAACAAUGCCCCAACCAGAGCCAGGGCAGAAGCCACUGUUCACAGGCACCCUUGACUGUGCACUUAAAACAGUGAGAAAGGAGGGAGUUCUUGGUUUAUACAAAGGAAUGGCAGCUCCUGUAGUGGGUGUGGCACCAAUAUUUGCCAUCUGUUUCUGGGGAUUUAACAUGGGCAAAAAACUGCAACUCAAGAAUCCUAAUGAUGAACCAACGUAUUUUCAAAUUUUGACAUCAGGUUUCUUUGCUGGAGUUUGUACUACAGUUAUUAUGGCUCCAGGAGAAAGAAUAAAAUGUCUUUUACAAAUUCAGCAAGCUAGUGGUGCUGAAAAGAAAUAUGCUGGUCCAGCUGAUGUGGUGAAGAAGCUUUACAAACAGAGUGGAAUCCGUGGAGUGUACAAAGGAACAUGUGCAACUUUAUUGAGAGAUGUACCAGCUACAGGGAUGUACUUUGCAUCUUAUGAGUUUCUCUUAAAUGCACUUACUCCAGAGGGAAAGUCGCGCAAAGAUGUUGGAGCAUUGUCUAUUCUCUGUGCUGGAGGUGUGGCAGGCAUGGCGAACUGGAGUGUUGGUAUUGCUCCAGAUGUACUCAAGUCUCGUCUGCAAACAGCACCCGAAGGAACUUAUCCAAAUGGCGUUAGGGAUGUUUUUAGACACAUGAUGCGCGAGGAAGGACCUGGGGCGCUUUUUAGAGGCCUGACUCCUGUUAUGCUCAGAGCUUUCCCAGCUAACGCGGCUUGUUUCCUUGGAUUUGAAUUAGCCAUGAAAUUCUUCGAUUGGAUUGCUCCGGAUUGGUGAUGAUUGGAAACCAACGUGGACAUAUCAGCUGUUGAGAAUAUUCUGCACGUGCUAAAGAAAAAAAAUGUCGAGCGAGAAAUUUUAGGUUUUUGUCGUGACGAAUUGUUUCUCUGAAGUAGAUCACUACAUGAAUUUCAUCUACAAACUAGAAAUAAUUCCAUCGACGAUAAGGCCUUGACUAUUUUACUUAACUACAAAUUAACCACUUAAAAGUAAGCACUUUGUAGGGGAAGCCUUUCGGAACAAAAGUCUUUUUCUCGAUAGAAGUGCACUGAUUUUAUUUCUAUGUUUCAGUAAAAUUCGAAAAAAAAUUGUUAAGUAUCUAAAGAAAUCUUAUUUAUUUAACUUCUUUUUUCUAAGAAAUCUGUGUCUCUUAGACACUACAUUCUAUUCAUUAAUAUGUAACACAAGUGAUUUAAUUUAGAGCAAAUUGCUCUUCAAUCACGUAGCUGCCCAAAAAUACGUGUCUCGUGUGAUAUUUUUAUUUGAUAGUUGGCAAACCUGGACUUUUGUCAGACUUUUGUCUAAAUUUGUGAAGUUCUACUUUGCACCUACAAAGGUAUAAAUUGUGAAACUUAGUCUUUUAUUUAAAGAACACCUUUCAUCCCAGGAGAAUACUUCAGAAGUAAAAGACAGUUUUAAGUAAAUGGUCUGAAAAUUGUGAUUCAUUAAUUCCCAUAAUCUGGAGACUCUGGAUGUGAAUGAAAAUCACAAGCUUUAAAUUGUUAAGGCGAUGUGCCAAACAACCAUUUGGGGAAUUUUUCAUUUUGGAUUAACUUAAAAACAGAAUAACACCUCACAUACUGAAAAGCUUCAUGAAGGUGUUGGUUAGCAUGGUAACCAAGACUAGUACUAAGCAAAGCUAUUAAACCAAUAUUACCAGU